UGCGCUCGGAGCAGACUGGAGUGCGUACAGCCAUAGCCGGGCCAUUCGCUGUCAAUGUAACACUGCCUCCAUCAGAAGCCAUGCCUCCGCCGCCUUACUAAAAACCCUUCAUUCACCGGACACACCUUCACUCCGCUUCUGUCUGCAUGGCCGCGUGCAUAGCAUUUGCCAUGUUAAAGCGCGUGCGUUUCAGCCGCUUGAUUUGCGGUUCGCUAGUUGUGCGUUAUUAUUUGUGUCUAUUUUUAAUUCCUUUCCAUCUCCGCUUGCCUUGCAUGGCUUGUGGAGAGCAAACGUAUCCAGAGGACCGGUGGUUGGGCCACCAGAUGCCGAAAUUGGACCACAUAGAAAAGUAUGAAGUUAUUUACCCCAGAUGGAUAUCCCCGGAUCGGGGCAGAUCCUCUUUCUCCGACAAAGUAAGCUCUUAUCAGCACCCCCCACAGGUGAAGGUCGGGAUUACGGCAGGGAGGAAGGAGCUGGUUCUUCAGCUGGAGCGGAACGAGCAGCUGUUCUCCCCCGGGUUUAAGGAGACUUGGUACAGUCCCGGCGGAGUGCGUCACACCUCAUCCCCCCCCCGCCCCGAGAACUGUUUCUACCACGGUGUGGUCCGAGGAGACGCGGAGUCCAGCGUGGCCCUCAGCACCUGCAAGGGACUGAGGGGCAUGAUCACAGUCAGCGGUAAUGUGAGCUACCUCAUCCAGCCCCUCCCCAAUCAAACCGAGACUGGCGGACAUGCCGUGUACCGCGCAGAGGACCUGAAACUGCCACGGGGGGCAUGUGGGCAUCACCAUGGAAACCAGGAGGGUGGGCUGGACAACUUCAUCAGCGUGAUGACGCAGUCAAACCUGGGCAGCAGGGGAAAGAGGGACCUCAGCCAGAAUAUGAAAUACGUGGAGCUGCUCCUGGUGGCUGAUCAUGCAGAGUUCCAGAAACAUGGACGGGACUACGAGAAGACCAAGCUGAGGCUGCUGGAGGCUGCAAACUACGUGGACAAGUACUACAAGGCUCUGAAGAUCCGCGUGGCGCUGAUCGGGCUGGAGAUCUGGACGGACCGGGACCAGGCCAGCGUGACGGAGAACCCGUACAGCACGCUGGGGUCCUUCCUGACCUGGAGACGCAAGCAGCUGCACCGACUUCCCAACGACAACGCCCAGCUCAUCACGGGCAUGUCUUUCCAAGGGACCACCAUUGGAUUGGCUCCUCUCAAAGCCAUGUGCUCCGAUUACCAAUCAGGAGGUGUGAACUCGGACCACUCAGACAGCGCUUUGGGUGUGGCUGCCACCAUGGCCCAUGAGAUGGGGCACAAUUUCGGGAUGAGCCAUGACACCACGGGCUGCUGCCUCACCCACCCAGAUGAGGGUGGCUGCAUCAUGGCCGCUGCAACAGGGCACCCGUUCCCCCGCGUGUUUAACCAGUGCAAUCAGAAGGAGCUGCAGCGCUACCUGAGCUCAGGUGGGGGGAAGUGCCUGUUCAACCCCCCCAACACCCGCACCAUGUUCGGGGGCCAGCGCUGCGGCAACGGCUACCUGGAGGAGGGGGAGGAGUGCGACUGCGGGGAGGAAGAGGAGUGUUCCAGCCCGUGCUGCAACGCCAAUAACUGCACGCUGAAGGUGGGGGCGGAGUGUGCGCAUGGAGUGUGCUGUCACAACUGCAAGCUGAAGAGUCCCGGAGUCAUGUGCCGGCCAGCGUCAGGGUCAUGUGACCUGCCGGAGUACUGCAAUGGGAACUCGGAAUCCUGUCCGGCCAACUUCUACCUGAUGGACGGCACUUCCUGUGCGGGGGGGCAGGCGUACUGCUACACGGGCAUGUGCCUGACCCUGGAACAGCAGUGCCUGUCACUGUGGGGGCGGGACGCUCGCCCUGCCCCUGACCUGUGCUUCCAGAAGGUGAAUGAGGCGGGAGACUCGUACGGGAAUUGUGGGAAAGACCUUAUGGGGAAGUACAGAGCCUGCAAAAGCACGUCCAUAAGUAGGAGACAGGCCAGCGCGCACCAGCUGAACCACGCCGUCAUGACCGGCGACCAUGGCCCGGUCACUCGGAGUCUCUCCCUCUCUCUCCUCUCUCUCUCCUCCUCUCUCCGUCUCUCUCUAUCACCCUCUCGUCUAAUCCUCUCUUCCUUCCUCCGUGCGGGCGAGUGCAACGCCAGGUGUCACGACCACGGGCUGUGCAACAACAAUCACAACUGCCACUGUGACGCGGGCUGGGCUCCGCCCACAUGCGAUCAGGUGGGCACAGGUGGGAGCGUGGACAGCGGACCAGUCCCUCCUCAGAGCAGUCUACUUCCUGUCCUGUUGCUCCUCCCCCUGUUCCUGCUCCUGGGAUUGGCUGCCGUGGCUCUGUGGUGUUGUCAUAAGCACAGGUCCCGCCCUCAGAAGAGCCCCGCCCCUCCACCACCACCAAUCUCCACCCCCUCUGAUGCCAAAGCUCCGCCCAUUGGUCACGCCAACCCCACCUUCCAGCUGAAGAGGCAAGACUCUGACAGGCUGACCGGGGGGGCGAAGCAGAGUCCGGGCUGCCUCUCCAGGAGACCCUGCAUCGUUCGCCCCGCGGUGAAGCCUCCCCACGUACCCGCGUACACAGCUCAGCAGGGCACCUCCAUCCCCCUGCCCCCCACCCACCCCCCUGUCCUAAACUCGCCCCUCGUCACGGCCAAACCGCGCCCGGCACCCCCCAGCCGGCCCCCUCCACCCUGCCCCCUGUCCAAACCCAGUCAGGCGCCACUGAGUAAGAGCAACCCUCAGGUACCAACAGAACCAGCUCCCAGCAGCACCCCUCCGCUGAAGAAACCACCGCUGCCCCCUGGCAGACAUGCACAGAGAGCCAGGUUUCAGACGGACAGCGGAGGGACGAGCUGAGCACCAGCAUUCUGCCCUGUGGAAUCAUGGGUAAUGACCUUCGUGCACGGGUCAUUCGGGCAUACAGGUGACUUCAUCUCAGAACAAUUAUGAGAGAGACUCCCACACUUAAUGUUCUGUCCCAUGUACUUGAAUUCAGAGGUGAUGUGUACUUGUAAUUAUUUAAUUCUUGAAUCCUAAAAUCUUUGGUUUUUUUUUUUUUUGAAGUUUCCAUUUUCAGUUUGUCAUCUGCUGGCACAUGAUGCGUGAGCGUUUUAAGAAGGCAUUAGAUAAGCUCUCUAUAUUCUGGAAUCGUGUUUCCAUAAAGCAUGAGGCUAUACGUGUCUUAUAUUAAGAAAAUAUCAUGCAAAGAAUGUGACUGCUCUACUCGCUAAUGUGUGUGAACAGUAGGAAAACACCCUCCUGUGGAUUUAUUCAGAGAAGAGUGAAUGCAGAGUCCCCAUGCAUGCAGUAUACUUCUGUCUGAGCUGAGCAACCAGGAUCUUUCCUCCUUACAAGCAAUACUUUGCUGGCUUUUAAGUAGAAUGGAAACUUAUUUUGUACAUUUAUCUCUCCUGUGUUUUAUUAGUGAUUUAGUUCGAUAGCCAUGUCUUUGGUCAGCUGCGCUGUCCAUCCAAUCCAGUCCAGCCCUGAACUGCGGGAUCGUCCAGGCGUGGGAUAGAUUGAGGUGCUAAUACUCGGGUUUUUUUAUGCGUUGUUGAUUCCAAGCGUGAGGAGCAGAGAACGUCUUGCUUGAACUUACCACUUCUGUCCAGCAGUGGGCGCCAUAUACACACUAUUUAGCUGAGCAUCUCCGUGUUCACGAUGAGGAACAUUUCAGAGUAAUUUUACUUUUCUUUUGCAUAAAGACUUUUGGCGAGCAAGAGGCUAAACCUUUUUAAAUACCAAACCCAUUUUUUAUGAUUUGCACGAUUAACCGAGUGUUCUGCUUUUGUGUCAUUUACGUGAGAUUUUUAAAAAAUCUGAACCAAAAUAUAAUUUUGAAAUCCGAUUUACUGUAACCCAACCUCUGCAGCUAUAAAACAUAUUUCUAAAACCAAUUCCACCCCAUUGUAUAUAAUUAUAUAAAUCCAAAUGGGAGACGCUAAAUUAUGAAACUGGUUUAUCAAAUCCAUUUAUGAAUUUACUACCACCUUUAUUUGUGGCUCAUUAGCUUUCAUUCCACUCUAGUAUAUGCAAUAUAAGUGUACGUAUUAAAGGGAGAAGUGUACUAGUUAUUAGAAUGGGUAGAAAUUAACAGAUUAGCUGGGCCUCUUGACCAAUCAGAUCGAAGCCAUUGUGCCAAACGACUGCAGAAGAUCAGUCCCCGUCUUCGUUUGCGUUUCCUCGUUUUUUGGACGCCAUGGCUUUUUUUAAUGAAAGAUUAUUGUCCGCGUGUUGCUUCUGCAAUGCUUUUGGUAUAUUUUAAUGAGCCAGAUUUUUUUUUGGCGCGCACUUUUCACAAGACCUGGAGAGGGACUUGAAGCCUUUAAAAUCUGUGACCUUCGUGAUCAGCAGGUUGUCCGUUUCUUGUGGAUGCCCACAGAGAACAUGCACAUUUAAUUUUUUCUUUCGUAAAACAUGAAUAUUUUCCACUGUUGAUAAUGUGAAUUAGACAUGUUCUUAUUCCGUGCAAAAUACAUGCUCUAUUAUUUGUUAUUACUCUAUAUAUAAAUGAACCAUAUUAGAUUAUGUAAGUAAACAUAAUUCUUGAGCAAAGUAAAAUUUGUGUUAACGUAUGUAAAUACAUCCACGUGUGAUCAGUUAUACGCAGCGGUUAAUGCCUCUAUACGUGGAGCUCUGGAAUCUGAUGCUAGGGAAAUGCCUAACUGAUGUUUUACUAACGCUUUAUUUUUUAUGACUGUAUGUACUGUAGGUGUAGGACUGCAUCAUACGAAGCAGUGCCAGUUAAACCGAUGAGCUCUCGACCUAUGCAAAAAACAGGCUGUCUGAUGCAUUGUGCCUUCUGUACUUAAAUCAGAAUAAACUUUUAAAAUUCA